AUGGCUCCCGUGCAGGCCUCCCGGCGGAAGGGGAGGCAGCAGCGGCACUGCAAGGACCGGGACCGGGACCCGGAGCAGCAGGAAUACGAGAUGACCGUGUCGGCCUUCCCCGCGUCGGAUUGCGCCUCGGAUGUCGAGCCAGAUCUCCGGGAAAUGGUUCGGGCCCAGAACAAGAAGAAGAAGAAGUCAGGGGGAUUCCAGUCCAUGGGCCUGGGCUAUCCUGUGUUCAAAGGGAUCAUGAAGAAAGGAUACAAGAUCCCCACCCCCAUCCAGAGGAAGACGAUCCCUGUGAUUCUGGACGGCAAGGAUGUGGUCGCCAUGGCAAGGACAGGCAGUGGAAAGACGGCCUGUUUCCUCAUCCCCAUGUUCGAGAAGCUGAAGGCGCCCAGUGCCAAGACAGGCGCCCGGGCCCUCAUCCUGUCCCCCACCCGGGAGCUGGCGCUGCAGACCCUCAAGUUCACCAAGGAGCUGGGCCGGUUCACUGGCUUGAAAACGGCCCUGAUCCUGGGAGGAGACAAGAUGGAAGACCAGUUUGCAGCUCUGCACGAAAACCCGGACAUAAUCAUCGCCACUCCGGGCCGCCUGGUGCACGUGGCCCUGGAGAUGAAGCUGAAGCUGCAGAGCGUGGAGUACGUGGUGUUUGACGAGGCGGACAGGCUCUUUGAAAUGGGCUUUGCAGAGCAGCUGCAGGAGAUCCUCGCGAGGCUGCCAGAGAACCGGCAGACGGUCCUCUUCUCGGCCACCCUGCCCAAACUCCUGGUGGAGUUCGCCCGAGCUGGCCUGACGGAGCCGGUGCUGAUUCGCCUGGAUGUGGAGUCGAAGCUCAGUGAGCAGCUCAAGCUCUCCUUCUACCACGUGCGAGCGGAUGACAAGCCGGCCGCCCUGCUGUACCUGCUGAGGACCGUGCUCCGGCCCCAGGACCAGACCAUCGUCUUUGUGGCCACCAAGCACCACACGGAGUACCUGAAGGAGCUCCUGACGGCGCAGGGCCUGGACUGCACGCACGUCUACAGCUCCCUGGACCAGACGGCUCGCAAGAUCAACGUGGGCAAGUUCAUUCACGGGAAGUGCUCCGUGCUGAUUGUCACGGACUUGGCUGCCCGCGGGAUCGACAUCCCCCUGCUAGACAACGUGAUCAACUACAGCUUCCCGGCCAAGCCCAAGCUCUUCCUGCACCGCGUGGGCAGAGUGGCCCGGGCCGGGAGGAGCGGCACGGCCUUCUCCCUGGUGGCCCCCGACGAGGCCCCCUACGUCUUUGACUUGCACCUGUUCCUGGGCCGCCCGCUGGUCCUGGCCAGCCCGCAUGAGAAGCCUGCAGACACAGACGGCGUCUUUGGCCGCGUCCCCCAGAGCGUCAUCGACGACGAGGAGAGCCUGCUGCAGAGCAGCCACGAGCGCUCGCUGGAGCUGCGGGAGCUGCGCCGGGUGUCCGACAACGCCCAGAAGCAGUACCUGAAGUCGCGGCCGGGCCCCUCGCCAGAGUCCAUCAAGAGGGCCAAAGAGAUGGACUUCGGCCUCCUGGGCAUCCACCCGCUCUUCAGUUUGCGCUUUGAGGAUGAUGAGAUGGAGCGCCUGAAAUUUGUGGACAGCAUCAAGACCUAUCGCUCCAAAGCGACCAUCUUUGAAAUCAAUGCCACCAGCAAGACCCUGGCCAGUGACGUCAUGCGGACCAAGCGCAGCCGCGACCGGCAGCUCAUCGACCGGCACCAGCGGAAGCAGCAGGAAAGGCGCUGCGCAGCGGCAGAGAAGGCCCGGGCCCUGGCGCUGCCACCUGCCCCCCAGCAAGACUCUGCGGAGAGGGAGGAGGCCCUCCAGGAUGUCUUCUCCAGCGUGGUGGGAGGGAGACGGAAGCAGCCGUUGCCGGCGGCGGGAAGAGGCAGCGGGAAGAAGCGGACGCAGCCCACCCAGCGGGACGAGGAGUUCUACGUCCCUUACCGGCCCAAAGACUUCGACAGCGAGCGGGGGCUGUGUGUCGGCGGGGAGGGCAGCGCCUUUGAGCAGCAGGCCUCGGGGGCCGUCCUGGACCUGCUGGGCGAUGAGAACCAGAACCUGAACAAGAGCAAGAAGCUCCUGAAGUGGGACCGGAAGAGGAAGCGGUUUGUGGGCCAGACAGGCCAGGAGGACAAGAAGAAGAUCCGGACGGAGAGCGGCGCCUACAUCAACAGCUCCUACAAGAGCAACCUCUAUGAGAAGUGGCGGAAGAGGAACAAGAUUGACGAGCAGGAUUCCGACUCGGAGGCCGAAGGGGAGCGCCGAGCCGGGAAGAAGCCGAAAAGCAGAGGUGGCCGCCCCGCCUCGUCCUCCCCCCGAGGGCCCCCCCCUCGCCCCCAGCAGGGCAGGGUCCGCUCCGAGCUGAAGUCCAAGCAGCAGAUCCUGAAGCAGCGGAAGCUGGCGGCCAAGCAGCGCUUCCUGCAGGGCGGAGGCCUCAAGCGCCAGAAGGCCCAGAACCGCAGGCGCGUCCAGGAGCUGCGCCGCUCGGCUUUCGGGCGCGGGGCCGCCAAGAAGGGCAAGAUGCGCAAGAGGAUGUAGGGCGCGCACACACACCCCCCGUCCUUCCUGUAUAAACUCUGCGUCUCGAGGAAAACAUUAAACGGUGACACGUUUAUUUCUUA